CAUUUACUUUGGAUAGAUUGGCACUUCAGGAUUUAGACAUUUUUCCUGACAUAAAGCGGAUUCUGCUCUGAGUAUAGUUAGAUUGCAGUGAACAGUUUUAGUUCUGCAAGGUUAGUAGUUAAAGCUUUACCAUCCUUUGAUUAGCUGUGAAAUUAAAGUGGUGUGAUUGAUGAGGACUUGCAUUAAAUAGGACUUCUUAAAUAGUAUGAUGACUAAGUGAUGGAUCUAAUACACUGCCAGUCAAAAGUUUGGGCACACCUUCUCAUUCAAUGCUUUUUUUAUUUAUUUGUAUUAUUUUCUACAUUGUAUAUUAAUGCUGAAGAUGAACACUUUUUUGUUUACAACAUGAUUCUAUAUGUAUACUUUUAUAGUUUUGAUGUCUCCAGUAAUAAUCUGCACUGUAAGAAAUCAUUUAAAAAAUAAUGAAUGAAAAGGUAUGUCCAAACUUUUGACUGAUAGAGUAUGUCAGAGCCAGAGACACUUACAUGCAUUAGUCCGUCCAGCCAUCCCCUCUUGAAUUAAGCGAAGAUAUCUAGAAUGCACCUUUCCUUUUUCUGAUGCCAUCAGUCACCGGACAAGGUUCAAACUAGUCUUCUACAAAUGAGUGGGAACUACUCUGCUCCUGUCCUAAAUGAACAACGCAUUAAAUCAAAACACGACACAUCUGUGGAUCCAGACUAUAAGCCUCAUCACUGCCAAAACCUGAUCACUUGGUCCUUGUGUCAUUUCUGACUUCCCUGAAAAUUUCAUCCAAAUCUGAGUAAUGUCACGCACAGAUAAACAGACAAAUGUAGGCCCAUGGUCACAUAACUACGCUGUGUUCUGUGGCAGAGUAUCAAUUGAUACUGUUGUAGAAAUAAUUCAGCAUUAUGUUUCCCUCUUCUAGCAGGAUAUGACAAUGUAAUUAUGUAGUUUGCUUUGGUUAUAGUUUCUUUAGCCACAACUAAUCUUCAUCUAGUGGGCAAAGUUAGAAUUACUCAUGUGUUCCCGGUAGUUUUACAACUUUACUGCACAUUCAGGUUGAAAAUUACUCCAGAGAAAGCAGUAAUACCACAUGGUUAGCAUCACAAUGCAUUUAAAGCACAGACAUUAAUAAUUUAGAAUCAUUGAUGUAGUAUUGGGUGCCUCGCUUAGAAUUUGCAACUUCAAUUUUAAUUACUUUGUAUGCCAUGUGGUAACUUCAAUUUUACCCCGAUUUUGUCUUAAGCAAAUUUGCAAAGAACAAGUAACUAAAGUUAUCAGAUUAAUGUAGUGUAGUAAUGACAACAGUAUUUCUCUCUGAAAUGUAAUGGAGCAGAUAUAAAAUAUUAAAAAUCAACAAAUAGUUAAGAAAAUUAAGUGUUUGAGGAGUGCACAUACCUCACACAUACAAGUUAAUGUGUUUGCAUUCCACCACUGGCAGUAGUACAGCUUUGAAAAGAUUUUUUUUAUUGCAACAUCUCAUGUACACAUUUUUCAAAAUCUUUACGUGAAAUUGUGAGAAAACAUUUUUUACCCCACAAAUUCUCUUCAAAAUAGGGCCGCGACAAGCAAUUGGUUUUCUUUGUUAGUUAAUCUGUCAAUAUUUUUUGGGAUUAACUGGUUAUUUGUUGGGUUUCUAAAUUGUAAAGAAAUGAUGAAAAAUGUCAGUGUUUUCCAAAGUGCAAGAUGAGCAAAUGCCUACUUUUGUCCUUCCCAUGACAGUAAAACCUUUUUCACCCCCAGAAAUUACUCAUAUCAGCUAAUGAUUUAUCAAAAUAGUUAGUGAUUAAUGUCAUUAUUGACAACUGUAGUGCACUUUAGAAACUGACUAUUACUGACUAUUACUAUUGAUUAACUGUUGCAAUAGUCCUAAUCUCUGCAAGUGGAGUGUAUGGAGACAUUAUUUAAACAUCAUAGUUUUUCUUUAAAUCUGUCUUUAGGUUUAUAAACCUGAACAUUUAAUUCAUUUUUUUGUGGUAUUGAGACAAUUGCAACUGAUAAAAUAAUAAUAAUAGAACUUUAGCAUGCAACUUGUGUAAAUAAAUAUGGCAGGGGGAUUGACAUAGUUAUGUUUUCACAGCUUUUCUUAGUGCAUGUAGGUAUGAUUUUUACACUUUUAUUUUAGCGAUUUGUUUUCAAUUCAUAAAUAUAAAAUGUAGUCAAAUGACAAGUAUACGAAAGAGAAUGUCUGCGUAAUUCAGAAAAUUACGACGGCACCUGAAUGCAACAUGUCCACAGCUCCAGACUCAUCAGAGCAGCAGCGGUUCAGUGCCGGAGGUUGAAGUGACGCACAGAUGGUUUGCGGAUAAUCUGAAAGUUCAACAUGGACAAUAAUAUAGCGAGAGAUUUCACAUAAGGCUACAGCAAUAGUUCACUGUGAGUCAGCUACGUCUUUUUUUAUUUUUCUGUUUGUUUUUUGUUUUUCAUUAUUUUGUAACUUGACAAACAGACGUUGAAGAAUACGAAGUCAGCGACGCAAACUCUCAUUGCGCCAAUUGCCGACUUUCUUUGCGCUCUGUAGCUGAAGUUGGAGGCGACGAAAAAUAUGGUUGAGGUCGUUACUAGUCUGGUCAUUGCUGUCCAGUUUCACAUAAGCUUCAUGAAGCUAACACCUGCUCAUGGCGUUCACCAUGCUAACAUGCAGUCGUAUGGAGUCACAGAGAAACACCAGCCCAGAGAGCGGAGGUGGACAUCUGGGCCCAGGUCUGGGGCCCCUGGCUGGGCUGCAGAUAAGAGGGGCCACUACAGAGACCGGCACCAGCCUGAGGAGUCGGAGCCUGACCUGCUGAUGGAGGAAGGACACGAUAACUCUACACAGAUUGUGGACACUGAUCAUGUCUACUACACUUCUAAAAUCUAUGGUGCCGGAGACACAGCUGCUAAAGAGCUGUGGGUGAACAUUGCCGACAUGGAGGAGAACGAGUGGAAGGUCCAUGGCUUUCUGUCCAACACACACAGACAAGCAGAGAGAGUGAAUCUUUCCUUUGACUUUCCUUUCUAUGGCCAUUUACUCAAAGAAAUCACAGUUGCAACUGGAGGUUUCAUUUACACUGGAGAUAUAAUCCAUCGGAUGCUCACAGCCACUCAGUAUAUCGCUCCACUGAUGGCGAAUUUUGACCCCAGCAUGUCCAAAAACUCGACUGUGUUUUACUGUGAUAACGGCACUGCAUUGGUGGUUCAGUGGGACCACGUUCAUCUCCAGGACAACAUCAGUCUGGGAACUUUCACGUUUCAGGCAGUUCUGCUCAGCGAUGGGCGGAUUGUCUUUGCCUACAGAGAGAUUCCUAUCAGCAUCAGCAACAUCAGCUCUGAGAAUCAUCCCGUCAAAGUGGGCUUGUCAGAUGCUUUUGUGGUGCUUCAUGAGAUAGAGCAGAUUCCCAAUGUUCGUCGGAGAACCAUCUAUGAGUAUCACAAAGUCGACAUCCUCAAAUCGAAAAUCUCCAGUUCUACAGCAGUGGAGAUGCUCCCCCUCCCCACAUGUCUGCAGUUCUCCAGCUGUGGCCCAUGUGUCACUUCUCAGAUUGGCUUUAACUGCAGUUGGUGCAGUAGGCUACAAAGAUGCUCCAGUGGCUUUGAUCAUAACCGACAGGAUUGGGUUGACCACGGCUGCCCAGAGGAGAGACGGGAUUCUCGAUGUCUGCGGACAACAGGAGUCACCAACAACACCUCACAGCACCCGAUGCACACAACCACUCCUGGUACAGCGACCUCAGAGCAGCAGAGGACCUCUGACAUGACCUCCACACCCCUCAGCAAGACCAUCACUGUCAGCAACCCCUCGACACACAGCAACAACAGCAAAAGAAGAAUACCGAGUCCACAGCCUCCAACCAGCAAAUCUGAACACGAUGACACUGGGAUUGCUUUGCACAUCAAUGAUAUACCAGGAGACAAAGACGUAGGGGAGAGUGAUGAGGAGCUGCAGACUGGUCUCCUGGCCGGCAUUGUUGUGGUGAUGCUCGUCAUGGCAGCAGCCAUCUUAAUGUCCAUCUACAUGUACAACUACCCCACCUCCAGCGCCAGUCUUUUCUUCAUGGAGCGACGCCCAACCCGGUGGCCAAUCAUGAAGUUCAGACGGGGCUCUGGUCGGCCUUCGUACACUGAGGUGGAGACUCCAGGUCAGGACAAAGAAGGUUCGGUGGUCAUCGACCCCAAACAGUCUUUUGUCAUCUCUGACAGAAGAGAAAGCGAACAGAAGGAAGGUUUCAUAGUUCCUGAUCAGAGGGAGCGUUUCCUCGGCUCAGACAGCUCCUGACCAAUGCUACGUAUUCAUGAAGCUUUGGGACAGAGCUGGUUCUCAAUAUGAGUUUGCAUUCCUUCCUUGAAUGCUAAGAGUCUUUUCUUAUUUAGAUCUUGCACAAGUUCACUUUAAAGACACAAUUGGAGCAUUGAAAGACACAAAAACCUCAGUGUGGAAAUUGUAACGUCAGAACCUGUUUGCUUUUUUUGGUGAGCCGUACAACUGUUUCAAUGCAUAAAGAACAAAAAUACUAGUGUUUUGUACUUUGCUCAGGUCAUAUGCUCGUGUUUACAGCUGCAUCACAGACAGCGAGAGAUGGCACUGGUGAAUGUUUUGAAACCAUUUCUCUCGAAGACGGCCUUUAUUUUCCAGUGCUGUCCUUCCCACAUUUUCUUCACAAAGUGGAAUGUCAUAUUUGGGUGUCAUUUCCUCAUCUCAAAAAUACAGACUAAAUUCCUCACCAGUACACCCACCUCCAUCUCAGAGGCAAACAGGGUGCACAGUGUUUUCAGACCUGUUGAUGCCAAAAUAUAAAGUAUUCUCACACUGCAGCAAGUGUUUUUUAAUGUAGAGUUUUCUUUAUUUUCUGUGUAAUUAUAAUAAAGGCAGAAGACAUUUA